AUGGACCAAAUCAAUGCCAUCAAAAUGAAAGCCAUUCUCCCCGAAAAAGAAGAUAGCGUCUGUCCCGCCACCCAAGCUGCAGAGGAGACCUCACACCCUACCCCAUCCGCAUCAAAUGACAAGCACGUCGAUACAAAUCAGGCUUCGACUCCCAAGAAAACUAGUAGAACACCUCUCCCAUCAGCACCUCUUGCUCCCACUCGUUUCGCAUAUGCAAGUCGUGCAUAUAGUUCGUGGCGAGCUCGCAAGAGAAGACUCCAACGUUGGGGUAUCGAAAUCGAGAUUCGUGAACCGAGUAUUGCUCAGAGGGGGUUGAAAUAUCGAUGUAGGGAAUUGAGUGGGCUUCGGUGGUCGCAAACUUAUUCUGAGAGGUAG